AUGUCCAAGAUCACAGUCGCCGGAGUGCGCGAGAAUGUCCAGUCUCUGCUGGAGUACUCGCUCAACGAGAAGAAGCGUAACUUCCUCGAGACCGUUGAGCUUCAGAUCGGCCUGAAGAACUACGACCCCCAGCGUGACAAGCGUUUCUCUGGUACCAUCAAGCUGCCCGUUGUUCCCCGUCCCAACAUGGCCAUCUGUGUUAUUGGUGACCAGCACGAUCUCGACCGUGCUAAGCACCACGGCAUUGAUGCUAUGUCCACCGACGACUUGAAGAAGCUCAACAAGAACAAGAAGCUCAUCAAGAAGCUUGCUCGCAAGUACGAUGCCUUCCUUGCUUCCGAGGCUCUGAUCAAGCAGAUUCCCCGUCUGCUCGGUCCCGGUCUGUCCAAGGCCGGCAAGUUCCCUACCCCCAUCUCCCACAACGAGGACAUGGCCAACAAGGUCAACGACGUCAAGUCCACCAUCAAGUUCCAGCUCAAGAAGGUUCUGUGUCUCGGUGUUGCCGUCGGCAACGUUGGUAUGGCCCAGGAGGAGCUCGUUGGUAACCUCAUGUUGUCCAUCAACUACCUUGUCUCCCUGCUCAAGAAGGGCUGGCAGAACGUUGGCAGCCUUGUCAUCAAGGCUUCCAUGUCUCCCCCCAAGCGCAUCUACUAG